CGAGUACUUUUCAAAGGGGGGAAGUUUUUCGGGAAGGGUAGCUAGAAACGCGUAGGUUAGGGCAGUUGCGUGGAUGGCGGGCGUCGCGGUCGCUCACGUGGCUCCCCACCGUGUUCCACAGCAUCGGCGUUCUCUCCUUCGUGUUCUCUCCCCACUACCAGCGCUAACGCGUUGCUUCCCCCACCACUCUGUCCUCCCCACCUAGAGUGACACUAGCGCCGCCACGCCUGCCGCUUCGCAGUAACGCGACCGCUUUCGUCGAGAGUGCGUUGUUUUUCCGCUCGCUAUUGUUGUCCGUGUUAUUCUAUUCCUCAAGUGCGCUUUCACGAUUUUUCAUCAGCGAACCUCCCCGGCAUCGAUAGAGGAUUGGUUAGUCGCGCGUUCGUGAGGCUAUAUCCCGUGAGCAGCGAAUGUGGCACAUAAUAUUUUAGAGUGAUCGAACGACGAUCCCAUCUUUCUCUCUCUCUCUCCCCCCUCCUACCCCAAACUUUCAUCCUUUUCUUCGUUACUCUUUUUUUUCUUCCCCUUUUUUCCCCUCCUUCCUUUCAUUCUUUAACCUCUCGACGACGGGGGAAGCGAUUCUUGGUGCAAGAGUUUAUUCGUAUUCAUCGAAUUAUUAUUAUUAUUACAAUACGUAUAAGUGUUGCUGAUAGAGAUAGAAUGGAAGUAUGCAAGACCGUAUCAUCGAAAGUUUGGAAUAUCGACGUUGCAGCGUGAGAUUCGGUUGGUUAGUACGUGUCCGUACGAGAUGAGAAAGAUCGGCCAUCGUUGCUAGAAGCGCGAGAGAGAGAGAGAGAGAGAGAGAGAGAGAGAGAGAGAGAGAAGGAUGGGUGGGAGAGGAAGAGUGCAGACUAGCCGCGUUGGUACGCGUCGCGACGCUGUCGGCGCGAUGGCCACGUGCCUCGAAGGAUAUGCCGUUGUCGACGCCGCCGUCGCCGCAGCAGCAACAUCGGCAUCAGUAACAGCGACGAACAGCAUCGUUCUACGACACUGACAGAAAAGAAAAGGAGUGCGUUCGAUACUGUUACGAGUUUGAGUUACAGUGUUUACUUGUUGUUUUUAGUAAAGUGAUUUACUAGUCGGUGCUUUUUACUAAGAGAGAUAGAGAGAGAGAGAGAUAUAUAGAAAGAAAGAGAGAGAGAAAAUUAAAAGAAAGAGAAAAAAAAAAGGAUCGAAGGAAGACCGCGGGAGUUCGUUAUCAGUGUGAGAUUAAGUGCUUUAGGAUUUGGUGGAUCGUUGUUUUCGCGAGGAAAAAAAAAGAAAAACUUUGAUAAGGAUAAACAGGUGGUGUUGUUGUAUCUCAGUGGCUCGUCGAUGCUCCUUUCCUUUCUUCAGCUAUGACGAAGAUUUUAGAAACAUUGGUAUAGUCGUCCAAGGGAAAAGAUAAUCUUUUUGUCUUGGCACGUGGUGGAGUAAUAAAACGUAAAAGUAGUUUCGCGCGGGACGAGAAAAACCUCGUUGGUAGACUACAGGAGUGUGGGUUGGGACGAACGAAAGAGUGGUUCGAGAAAAAGAGAGAGAGAGAGAGAGAAAGAGAGAGCUAGAAAGUGGUAGAAGAGAGGGGUGGUAGGAGAAGAGGGGUAAGAGUAGGUAGGAAGGAUCGUAGAAGCAGAGGCAAGCAGCGGAGUGGUGAAAAUCUCGACGCGAGUUAUACGGGGCGGGUGAGAAGGGCCAGGUCGUGGAGUGGGGAGUGAUGCCGGUGAGGGUGGCGCAGCGCCCCCCAGGUGGAAUACCACUCCACGCCGGCGUGCCGGUAGCGGCCAGCAGCGUAACCGCCUCCGGUCCGUCGGGCCGGUGCCUCGGGGGCCCGGCUGCGUCCCCCGCCGGCUCGCCACCGCUGCCGCCGUCACUGCAAUCUCUCGGCGGCGGCAUAAGCGGCAGCAACAACAACAACAACAACAACAACAACAACGUUAAUAAUAGCAACAUCAACGGGAAUAAUCAGUUGAUCAGUAGCAACGGCGGGAACGGGAGCAUUAUCGGUGGCAACUCCUUAAACGGCCUCGGUAAUUUGAACAACAACAACAACGGGAACGGUCUAAGCAACAGCAAUAUCAACACGACGGCGUCGAGCAUCGGUGCCGCCGCCGCCACGACGAACCCGCUCCAGGCAAUGGCAUCGGCCGCGGCCUCGCUCACGCAGUUAAACAACAUGGCGAACGGGCCGCUGCCGCCACUCGCAGGGACCGGGCCCCCGAAUUUACCGGCUCCGCAGCCUGCGACAACGCCGACGCAUGCCGGUGGCCCGCCGACGCCGCACGGUGGCGUCGGGACGGGGCCUCAUUUGAACGGGGCCUCGCCAAGUCCCCAUCCUAUGCCACCUCAUGGCAUGAUGAGCGGAUCGCCGCACGCGCCCCAUCCUCAUAUGCCGGCCGGUGGACCCUCGCCUCAUCCUCAUCAUCCGGCUCCUCAUAUGGUCGGCUCGCCUCAUCAUCCAGGCCCACAUCCGAUGCCACCAAACGCUGCUGGCAUGAUGGCCCCAGCCGGUAUGCAACCUCAAAGUGCUCCUGGAAUGUGUGGCCCUGGACCAGCCGGUCCAAUGGGACCGCAUGGACAUCCUCAAGCACCGGGACAACCUCACAUGCACAACGAUCCCUUCUAUUGUUCACCUUUUGGCUCUCAUUACUUCAGAUCGUUGCCUGUCCCCAGGAGGCAUACUCCGUACUUCGGACAACCGGACUACAGGCUCUACGAGCUGAACAAGAGGUUACAGCAACGCAAUGAGGAUAGUGACAAUCUAUGGUGGGACUCGUUCGCGACAGAAUUCUUCGAGGACGAUGCCACACUCACCCUAACCUUCUGCCUGGAGGAUGGACCGAAAAGAUACACGAUAGGAAGGACGCUAAUACCUAGGUACUUCCGUUCGAUAUUCGAAGGUGGAGUGACGGAACUUUACUACAACAUGAAGCACCCGAAGGAGUCGUUUCACAACACUAGUAUAACGCUAGACUGUGAUCACUGCGUCAUGGUCACGCAUCACGGCAAGCCAAUGUUUACGAAGGUGUGUACAGAGGGUAGGUUAAUAUUGGAGUUCACCUUUGACGACCUCAUGAGGAUAAAGUCGUGGCACAUGUCGGUGAGAACGCAUCGAGAGUUGGUACCAAGGUCGGUUGUAGGCAUGCAGCAAGAUCCUACGGUACUAGAGCAGCUCAGUAAGAACAUCACCAGACAGGGUAUCACUAAUUCUACUCUGAAUUAUCUCAGGUUAUGCGUUAUUUUGGAGCCGAUGCAGGAAUUAAUGUCGAGGCACAAGGCGUACGCGUUAUCACCGAGAGAUUGCCUGAAGACGACCUUGUUCCAGAAAUGGCAGAGGAUGGUUGCCCCGCCGGGUAAGAGAGAAUCACAGAGGCCAGCGAGUAAAAGAAGAAAGCGAAAGGGCAGUACCUCCGGGCCGGGAAACAACGCUCCUCCUGCACCUAGUAAAAAGAGGUCACCGGGGCCGAAUUUUUCUCUAGCGUCGCAGGACGUGAUGGUCGUGGGUGAGCCAUCUUUGAUGGGCGGUGAGUUCGGCGACGAGGACGAACGGUUGAUCACGAGGCUGGAGAACACGCAGUACGAUGCGGCGAAUAGUCUAGACCCACACAGUCACGACACGACGGGUGGCCCGCCUCCGCAUCCUCAUCAAUUCCAUUCGGAGCCAACACCGGGUAACUCUUGGCCACCAGACCGUGGCCCUGGUCCCGGACCUCCGCAAGGUGGACCUGGUAGUCAGGGCGUCCAGGGUACGCAGGGAGGCGGAUCUUCGGGUGUCGCGGGUUCGCAGGAUGGCAGUCAACAGCAGCAAGACAAGAAGAGCCCCGCGGUGAGCCAGUGAGGCCAGGAGUCCCCGCGCCCUCCCACCAGAGGGCGACGGGGGCGCAAGCCCAAAAACGUGGCUCCCUAGCG